GAAGGUGGCCGCAGGGGCGUGGCCUCCAUGCGGGGAGGGCGGGCCGCGGGGGGAGCUGCUUCCGGGUGAGCCGCCCCGCCCCCGCGUGGGCCGCGGGAGACCAGAUCCCGCGCUGCAGUGGCUGGAGUAGCGGUUCGGAGCUUUCAAGGAGAUAGGGCUCCUCCUCUCUGAAGUGCACUCCAUCAACCGUGCCUCCUGGACUGACAUGCAAACUCAAGGAGAGGUCAACUAUGGGAGAGUCCAGCGUGGCCUGGCACACAAGCUCAGCACGCAGCAGACACCCCAAGAACUACCUGGCUGGCCUCUGGCCCCCACCAUGCAGCCCCAGUCUGUUCUGCACAGUGGCUACUUCCACCCCCUGCUUCGGACCUGGCAGACAGCCGCCACCACCCUCAGUGCUUCCAACUUCAUUUACCCCAUCUUUGUCACGGAUGUUCCUGAUGACGUACAGCCUAUUGCCAGCCUGCCAGGAGUGGCCAGGUAUGGUGUGAACCGGCUGGAAGAGAUGCUGAAGCCCCUGGUGGAAGAGGGCCUGCGCUGCAUCCUCAUCUUUGGUGUCCCCAGCAGAGUCCCCAAGGAUGAGAGGGGCUCUGCAGCCGACUCUGAGGAGUCCCCAACUAUCGAGGCAGUCCGUCUGUUGAGAAAGACCUUCCCCAGCCUCUUGGUGGCCUGUGACGUCUGCCUGUGCCCCUACACCUCCCACGGUCACUGUGGGCUCCUGAGUGAGAAUGGAGCAUUCAAGGCCGAGGAAAGCCGCCAGCGACUGGCAGAGGUGGCACUGGCCUAUGCCAAGGCAGGAUGUCAGGUAGUAGCGCCGUCGGACAUGAUGGACGGACGAGUGGAAGCCAUCAAGGACGCCCUGAUGGCACAUGGACUUGGCAACAGGGUAUCAGUGAUGAGCUACAGUGCCAAAUUUGCCUCCUGUUUCUAUGGGCCUUUCCGGGACGCUGCUCAGUCAAGCCCAGCUUUUGGAGACCGCCGCUGCUACCAGCUGCCCCCUGGAGCCCGGGGCCUGGCCCUCCGAGCAGUGGACCGGGACGUACGGGAAGGAGCCGACAUGCUCAUGGUGAAGCCGGGGAUGCCCUACCUGGACAUCGUGCGGGAGGUGAAGGACAAGCACCCCCAGCUCCCCCUCGCUGUGUACCACGUGUCUGGGGAGUUCGCCAUGCUGUGGCACGGAGCCCGGGCUGGGGCAUUUGAUCUCAAGGCUGCCGUGUUAGAAGCCAUGACCGCCUUCCGCAGAGCAGGUGCUGACAUCAUCAUCACCUACUACACACCUCAGCUCCUGCAGUGGCUGAAGGAGUGAGUAACCAGUGUGCAGGACCCAAGAUCUAGAACUUGAGAAGACUCCCAGGGCCUUGGAGAAGUGAAAACCAAAGUAAAGGCUGCUUUUAGAACUGUGCCCUGUGCCCGCUUCCUGCUUACAUGCCUGCAGGGGCCCAGCGCCCUGGCUGGCUUUUGCCAACUCGCUGAAUCUUACCAAUCCUGGUCACAGCCUCAUGGGCUCUCCGAGCUUCCUGCCCCUGCCCAAGCUCAGCCUGAGGCUCAUGUUUUCCACCCCCAGCUCUCUCCUCAGGUGUGGCUUCAGCUUGACAGCAACCAAGAGUUCCCCAGGGCAGGCGUGGUGGGGCCUGGGAGAGGGGCUUGGAGCACGAGGAGAGCAGUUGGACUUUGGAUCCCAAGAAGCUCAGGAAAGCCUGGGCCUCCAGCAGUGGAGCUGAGUGCUGGGCCCGAGGUCCAGCGUGACAACCCUGGGGGUGGAGCUGAGCCGGGCUUUGGUUCCACACAAGCCAGUGGUCACCAGGCUGCCUGGGAGCCCCUGUUCUCUUCAGCCUAGACCUGAGGAAGAAUGACCGGUGAAUGAGAACCAAACUCCAGAAGCAAAGGGAGCGUUCCUGACUGCUGGAGCGCCACCACCACAGGCUUUUCAGGCACAGGAUAGUUCUUGAGAACCUCUGCUCCAUGACCAGGCACUGGGUGCCAGGGAGACAGUAGGACAGGCCACAGCCUGGCUCCUUCUGGAAAUUGUGCAGAGAGUAGGGAAGACAGUUAAGAAGAAAAGGGACAAAGUGGUUACAAACUGUGAUAAGUGCUUUGAAAGAAGGAAAGGGUCUCAGAGAGUAAGGGGUAGGACCCUCUUCAGAGCAUGGUCUGGAGACCCUCUCUGAGGCUAAGACUGAGAGGGAAGCUGGGCGUGGUGGUGCAUGCCUGUAAUUCCAGCCACUCAGGAAGCUGAGAUAGGAGGAUCACAAGUUCAAAGCCAGCCUCGGCAACUUAGGGAGGCACUAGCAACUCAGUAAGAACCUGUCUCUAAAUAAAAUAUAAAAAAAGGGCUGGGGAUGUGGCUUUGUGGUACAGCACCCCUGAGUUCAAUUCCCAGUACAAAAAAAAAAGCCCGAGAGGGACAAGAAAAGACCCUUACAAAGAUGCAGGUCACAAGAACAAAGAAGAGAAGAUGGUAUGUACCAUGACCCUGUGGUGGGAGGAGCUCAACAGGGCUUUGGAGCAGGUGAGGAAGAGGCAUGUGGGUAGAAAGGCCAAAUCCCACAUCUGGUAAUGAGCUUAGAUUUUAUUUUGUAUUUAAUGUGCAGCCCACUGAAAGAUGUUCUCCUCCUACCCCACCCCAUGCUGGGGGUUAAGCCAGGAUCUCAUGCAUGCUAGCCAAGAACCUCUGCCAUUGAAUUCCACCACUUAGCAAAUUUUGCCAAUGCUUUAAAUCACUGUGGAGAAGGAAACAAGGAUGCCUUCAUGGGUUUCUGGUUCUAACAAAUUCACAAGUGCUUGUAGUUAUUUUAAGACUGACAAUGAGUCUCCUCCCAAUGAAAGUUAAGGCCCAGUUAAGGAGAAUCCAGUUUGCAAGUCUACUUACCCAUCUGCAAAGGGACAGGGAAUCCCCAUCUAGGGCCAAAACAAGGUCAAUUCAGACCCCAAAACAGUACAGUCCUUCUCCGCCCCUGUAUUGGGGAUUGAGCCCACAGGCACUUUACCACUAAUCUGUAACCCCAGCCCUUCUUAAGUUUUUUUAUUUUGAGACAAGGUCUCACUAAGUUGCUGAGACUGUCCUCCAAUUGGGAUCCUCCUGCCUCAGCCUCCUCAUUUGUUAUUACAGCCAUACACCACCAACCUGGCAGUACAACCCAUUUUUAAUAUAGAAUAAAUUCAUUCAUUUAGAAUUAUAAACUCGUGGCAGCUUCUACAGACAAUCCAGUCCCUUCCACCUCUUGGUGACCUUCAUCAGAGCUGUGGUUGGCUCACCUUAUUAAGGCCUCAUCUCACCUUGUUCUUACCUUCUGAAAGGUGGCCAGCCAAGAUCAGAGCUUGAAGACUCCCAAAGCUUCUUCCAGGAGCCUGAGCCCACACCUGUACCUACGACAUAGGACCUACAUCACCAACUGGGAGACUAGUCAUUGCUGGGCCAGAGACAGACCAGACCAGAACCUCUAGGUGUCUUAGCUACUGGGCCUCCUGCCUCCUGGCCCCGGAGCUCAUUUCUGGUUAAAUGAUUGAUGUGGAAGUGAAAGUUUGUCGAGCCGUCUCAGACUCAUUACUGCUAAGAAAGUAUAGAGCCUGGCUUGGUUCUAGGCACAGAGAGAUGGGAGACAGAUGGUGCCCUUUAGGUAUAAAUAGUUCAAAGUAGGCAGACAAAUGUGUGGCAGACCACUUGGGGAGCACAUGAUGUAAACUGCGCCAAAUGAGGAUGAAUAUCCCUGAGAACCAGGAAGCAGAAGUACAGUGACUUGAUAGGUGAUGCGAAAGAGGUCACAGGACCUGACCUGCUUUGGAGGAUCAGAAAAUGUUUCAUUGAAAGACUGACAUUUGGAUGAGUGACCAAGCUAUGCUUGGACAACAGCAUUUCAGGCAAAAAGAAUGGUGGUGCAAAGGCCCUGGGGCUAGAAGGAACUGGAGGAACAUAGGGCUGGUGUGGCUAGAGCACCAGGAAGUACAGAAGAAUGACCUGCCCUUGCUAGAAGUAAUUUUAUCUCUGGACAGAGGACUCAGUUUUCAUAGCCUGGCGUGACACAUGAUCUGACCUCUAGGUAUCACCAUUGAGUUGAUGACUGCUAAGGGCCUUUCUUAGUGAGACUUGAUUUUCUUGUUUCCCUGUCCUAUGUACCAGCUUAGACUGUGGCUUGUCCCUUCAACAGGCUUUUUAAUCAGCCAAUUCACUACCUAAAAGCAGAGAUCACCAACUGUCCACAUAGGGAAUGGGGAAUCCUAACUGCUCCCUGCUCUGAGCCCCAAUUCCAAACAUCAGAGCCUAUGAUUUGCAGCAGACCAAGCCCUGGAUUGUCCCAGGAGCUCUUGAUUGCAAGUGACCAAAACCCAGUUCAGGAAUGAAAAAAAAAAAAAAAAAUGAGCCAGCUGAUUUACACAA